AUGGCGAGGCAGCGUUCCACGUGUGUGCGCUCUUUGACGGACGAAGAAAUUCAAGAACUGCUUAUGAAUUCGGACUCCGACGACAGUGACAGCGAGGAAGCAGCCCAUCUAAGUGCCUUGUCGAGUGAUGAGAGUGAUGAAGAGCCCCUACCACCGAGAAAUCCGCGAAAGAAGAGGAAACUUGGCGAGCGGGAUUUCUGCUGGAAGAAGAAAGAGUUCAAACCCCAGGAGCAUGCUUUCGAUCCAGCUCACUCAGGAAUCUGCAAUGACAUCACAGCGGCGUCCAGUGAGCUCGAGAUUUUUGAAAGUUUGUUCACGCCGGACAUUGUGGAAGCAAUUGUGGACCAAACGAACAUUUUCCAGUGCCAAGUACGUGCCGCGCUGACACCGACGCCAGGAUCACGUAUACACCAGUGGAAAGAUGUGACUCCACGUGAGUUUUAUUUAUUUCUUGCUGUCGUAAUGCUCAUGGCUCAUGCAAGAAAAGGCAGCAUUGCGCAGUAUUGGUCCACGGAUCCCCUCUUGAGUACACCUGCAUUCUCGAAGCUGAUGAGUCGCAACCGCUUCCUCCUCAUUUUGAGGUUUCUUCAUUUCUCCAAUAAUGAAGAUCAGAUUCAUGGUGACAGGCUGCACAAGGUGCGCUCGGUUUUCUUGACGCUUCGGAAAAACUUUCAAGGUGCGCUAUCUCCAUACCAGGAUGUCUGUAUUGACGAAAGCCUGCUUCUUUUCAAAGGGCGAUUAGCAUUCAAGCAAUAUAUCCCAUCCAAGCGAAGCAGAUUCGGCCUAAAAUCAUUCGUACUCUGUGAUGUGAAGACAGGCAUAGUGCUGGACAUGGUGUUGUACACCGGAUCCUCAACUGAGAUCAACGAUUCUGAGAUGGGAUAUGGAGCCUCAGUUGUUAUCACUUUACUGGACAAGUACCUGGGCAAAGGGCACGUCCUCUGGGUUGACAAUUGGUACACCAGUCCCGCCCUCUUCACCUACCUUUUCGAAAAGAAGACCAAUGCUUGCGGUACAGUCCGGAAGAACCGGAAGGGUAUCCCACGCGAUGAGAAAAGACUGGAAGAAGGGGAAACCAGCGAGAUGUGCAAUGAUCAGCUUCUCUUCGUCCGCUGGAAAGACAAACGUGAAGUGCUCACGCUCACGACGAAGCAUAAGAGUGGCAUGGUAGAGUCCGGGAAGGUAGACAGGAAGACGGGCGAGAACAAAAGGAUUCCCCUGUGUGUCUCCAAGUACAACAUAUGCAUGGGUGCUGUAGACAAGGUAGACAUGGUUGUGACCGUGACCGGCACAGUCACAAGGAAAUGCAUGAAGUGGUACAAGAAGUACUUCUUUCACCUCUUGGACAUUACCAUCCUCAACAGCAAUUUACUGCAAAUCACAGCUUCUGGUAAAAAAAGAAGCAUGGCAGACUUUCGACUCGAACUUGUCCGCCAGCUCAUCGAGAAAUACCACGAAGGAAACUCAAAGCCAAAGGGAGGACGCCCGUCGAAGGGUGAAGAUCCAACACGGCUGACAGCGCGCCACUUCCUGUCUCUAAUACCACCAACUACCGCGAAGCAAAACCCAACACGAGUCUGCCGCGUCUGCGCUAACACACAGCAUCGACCAAAGCAACGAAAAGAGUCUCGCUAUCUGUGUUCUAGCUGCCAGGUGCCGCUUUGUGUGGUGCCUUGCUUUGAAGAAUACCACACCAAAAAAGUAUUCUAA